UGUCGUUUCAGGCAAAGCAAAGCGCGAGAUACCUGGAACGCUGCCGUCUCAACUAAACGGGACGAAGAAGGUCGAAACGUCGCCGUUGCUGUCUACCGAAACCAAAGAGAAUCAAGACGUCGUCGUUGUGUCCUGAGGCCACAACGUCUCUUUCCUUUGUUCAGUUUCUGUUCCCUCCUUUCUCUGCAUUUCGUACCUCUGCUCUGUCAAAUUCACAGCUAGUAAUCCUUGUCCUGUAAUGAACAAACGAUGU